ACAUAUAUUGACCCAAGAUACAAGAGUAUCCGCACCCGCAUCCGCAUCCGCAUCCGCGAGGAUGUCAUAUUUUGAUAUCCGCAUCCGCAUUUGCAUCCGCAUUUCAGUAGAGACUGAUAUCGGCAUUCACAUUUGCAUCCGCAAAAUGACAUCCGCAUAUACAUCCGCAUCCGCGGAUGUCUGAAAUUCGACAUCCGAUACAUCUCUAGUAUAUACAUGCAGGGAUCCAUUCUUUGCACCUGCCAACGCUCUAAAACUUGUACCUCCUUAAUAAUCGACGUUACUGCGUCCUGUUCUCCUCGCUGAUCGCCCCUCCCACCCUCUCUCCCUCUAGUGUAGCCUAUUUAGUAUUAGUUUAUUGUAUUUUUAAUUUGUAUAUUUUCAGCCUAACAGCUGCCAUACAUUAAUAAACUUGUUAUUAUUAUCAUUACUAUUAUUAUUAUUAUUAUACAUGAAUAAUAAGGCGCUUAAAUAUAGGUUGAUUUAUAUAGUGAAAUUAUUAUAUAAAAAUAGUGAUUUUUUAUAUAGAUAUCUGAAAAUGGUUUUAAUACAAGAUAGUCAACAUAUUGAAGUGUUCAUCUAUGAUCUUUUAUGCAGAUAUAUUAAUUUUUGUGGCGUCAGGAAGGUUUUUCGUCGCUGCGCGUGAAAUGAGUCAGAUUCGGCGAAUGUUCGUCGCGAAUUCUGGUCGAGCUCGAGCAAAAACUACUGAAGCUAGGAAGGCGUGCUUGGUGGCAUAUGAAAGCUCUUUUAAUACAGAUUAAUAAUCAGAAAAAAAUUGGGAAGCAUUAAAUAAAUAAAAAAGUUAUAAGCAGAAAAACUAGGACGUGUCCAAAUUGCGGCAAAAAGGCCGAAAAACAGGCUAUUUUGUGACGGCUCGACGGAAUCGAGCUAUCAAAAUAUCCUUCGAGUUGGUCAAACUACAUUGCCAAGAGGGGCUACAUGCCAAAUUACAGCCUUCUAAAGGCAAUAGCAAGGCCACACUAGACAAAACGGCAGUGUCUGGAGUUCGUCAAGAUCGCUCUAGACAGGGUUUACGUUUCGAGCUCUAGCGACGAAACUACUUGGAGUAGGGAAAUGUUGUGCACCAUAUUGGAAAGCUCAUUGGCAGGGCUAUAUCAUUUGUUAAAUAAGUUUUUUUUUUUUUUAAUGAGCGAGUUUCAAGGUUGGGAACAAAAAUAAAUUUUUUUCAGUCGUUUUUUGCGAAUUUAUUCGAUUUUUUACCCUUUCGAUUCGAUUUUCGAGCCCGGUCGCUAAAUAAAAAAAAAAUAGCCCUUUCAUUUUGCCGUCAAUUGAUACCAAAAACUUUUCUGUAGACCCAGAAAUAAGGGAGUUAUGGCGAUUCUCACCAAAGCGUUUGAUUUUCCAAAAUUCGCGGCCUUUUUUUUUUUUUUACAGCAGAGGAGACAGUUCAAGGGCGUAAAAAAAAAAAAAAAAAAACAAGCCCGCUACUUACUGCUCCUGGCUUAAUUAAUGACAAGGGCGCCGCAAAAUCAAGAGUAAGCCGUCCAUUACUUAAGAUGUCACUGCCUCACUGGUUAUGCCAAUAGUGUAAUGUAGUACUUUCUGUCCCCUCUCCGGCCCUUUGCUACAGCCGAAGGCUAUAGGCAGAAAGGCAUUACUACAUUAAAAAAAAAAAAAGUAGCUGAAUCCGCUUCCAAAAUGGGAAAAAAUUGUUUUUAAAAUCACACACUGUCCUGCCUGAGGUUGGGAUGGCAUGUUCCUCCCUUCUCCCUUGUUGUUUACCUGCAACAAUAAAUUAUCAAUCAAUCAAUCACCUCAGUUCAAAGUUGGCACGGUGCUCAACUGGCCAAAAAUGGCGCCCAGCGGCAUUAUAACAGGGCCGCCCAUGUCGGUACUCUAUCAGAGGACUCUACUCUAGACUUGCUGGAAUGCAAGAAGUAUGACAGGGAGAGAACGAAGAUGAUGUAUGUGUUUCUGAGUGAGAUGGGACGUGGAGUGAACGGGAGGACGGCAAAGGGGGUGGAUGGUGCUGCUGCUGGGGCUCAGUGGAGAGACGAGUGGACGAGUGAUUGAGGCAGUGAAAGAGUUCUUGGAGGGCAUGUGGCGUGCAAGAUGUAGGGAAUGAUAUCUUGCCCCGAGAACAUAGACUUUCCGCAUGUUUUUUGUUUUCUUUUCACAGGAGCUGCCGAUACAAAGGCCUGGCUGGGGAGAAAUCCCGAGCCACCUGUGACAUCAAGAUCAAGAUCAAGAACCCCCGUUGCAAAGGCUCCUCAACAACAACAUCCGGCCGCUGAAGCUCCGUGUCCGCCUUGCCUUCCAAGCCCUCAAGUGAACGCAAACGAUCUAACACCCACUCUGGUGACAGAACGACGGACUUAAAAAUCACCCGAUAGCAACUACCAUUGACGGGGUUCUGGACACUCCAAAAGAAGAAGUGUCUGGCCUGCCUAGGUAGCUUAAACACUGAAUAAAAAAUACACCAACUGAAGAAGAAGGCAGAAUAAUCGAGCUGCGAACGUAUUCCCUCCCUUUGCUGGCCAGGCUUUAACUAACAGCCCCAGCAGCCUGUCCCAUGGCCCGCCCCGCCGCCUGAACGUGCAGGGAGGGAGGAGGAAAGGUUUUGUGCCAGCCCCUGCCAGCGUGUGGGCCCGAUGUUCAGCACUCUGUCCAGUUACUUCAGCAGGAUCAAGCGGCACUUCUACAGGGCCGUGGAGGAGGCGCGGCAGCCCUGCAAGCGUCCCAUCGAUGAGGUAUAGCUGCCAGCAUUUUACCAUUGGGAUGCACAGCAGCUUCUCUUUGCAACUCUAGCUAGAGCUCAUCUUAUAUAAAUAGGCAGUGAAGAAAAUGGCCUGCAGCUCCAGAGAAUCCGCAGAAAAAAGAGCAAGGGCAAUGGCAAUUUAUGACCGGUUGAGUGAUGAUGAAGACGUUAUAAAAUCCAAGUAUACUCCCGUGCGGAAAAAAAAUUGCACCCGGAGGGAUGAACCCCUCCUCGCAAUGACUCGCACCCUUCACUUCACACCCACUCUGCGAUGUCAGCCCCAGAAGCGGUCUCCACUUAGACCCAUCCCAGAGGAUGAGUCACUUCAGCCAAGGGUUGACACCAGUGAAAUAAAGAUCAUCAACUUCAAGAAGCCAAGUUCUAUCCAGUCAUCGACAGUUUCUCCUUGGACACCAGUAUGGGCUCAGGAGCAGGAUUCAGCCCCAAGUACCUACCGGAGAAUCAUCCCGCCAAGAUUCAAGACCAGCUCAAAGCAGAAGCGAGUUCCUGGAAGUAACGAGAAAAAGGAACCAAAAAUCCAAAGAAGUUAUACUUCAAAAGGGAGGUCAGAAUAUCUGCCUCAACAUUGUUUAACUUCUUCAUCCAAGAAAUGGAAAUCAUUCACAGUGGAAGAGAGUUUUCGUAUAGAGGAGAAAAAGCAGUAUCAGCAGCUGCUGGAACGUUGCACCUCAACCCCUUCACCUUCCUCCUCCCACAGUGUGAUCCAGAUGUCGUCCAGCUCCUCCGAUUCCUCAAGUCCUCCCCCAUCUCCAGUGUUUAAGGUGAGGGGGCCAAAGAAGCAUUCUCAUUCCAUCCAUCCAGAAGUAGAAAAUGAAAACAUUGUCCCGACCCCUUCUUCAGAAAGAUUACCGAGAUCUAAAAAGUUCGAUGUUCCAACUUGCAGGAGGAAGAAAGAUUGUCUGCAGGAUAUAAGAAGCUACUUAAGUCAUGACAAAGGAACAAAGCCUCUGCAAUCAGAGGCCACCCCCUGCAAGAAUGCCACUAACGGUGCACACAAGAGAGUUGAAUCAGUUAUCAAGUAUGGGAAGCAGCCUGAUGAGGAUGAAGAAGAGUUUUCGUUGCUUCGGCUCAUCAGACGGCGUGAGGAGAGAGAAAGCAGUUCAAAACCUCUCAUAGACUUAGCAGAGUCAGAUAGUGACAGCCUUCCAAUUCUCAGAAUAUCAGAAUCAGACAGUGAUGGCGUGGAGAUCAUGGAUGAGUUCCCUCACGGCCGGAAGAAAGACAAACCCUUCAGUUCCAUGUUUGAGAAGGAGCGGAAAAAAUACAUGCAGUGCAAAUAUGGCAGUCUUACUCAAGCAACUGAUACCCAAAAUGAUGAUUCAGAAAAUGAGUCUGAAAGUAAUGAGAGAAUAUCACACUUAUACAGCAAAGUUAAAAAUCGAAUGAAGCUCCUGGACAUCAUCUCUGACUCCGAAGACAAAAGGGGCAGGCAAGCAAGAAGAGUGAAGCCACCUUUUGUACAUCUUACACCGAGGAUGUUGGCUGAGAUAGAUGCUGCACUAAUCCCCAGCCCCAAGUCAGAGGUUCUGGUUCACAACUUCAAUAUCAAGAUAACACGUCGUGACAUCCACACUCUGAAGGGCCUGAAUUGGCUCAAUGAUGAGAUCAUAAACUUCUACAUGAACUUGAUAAUGGAUCGUAGUAAGGACAACAAUAGACCUCCCAGCGUGUAUGCCUUAAACACAUUUUUCUACCCAAAGCUGAUGAACAGUGGCCACCAGUCUGUCUCCAGAUGGACCAAGAAGGUUGACAUCUUUGCAUAUGAUAUAUUGCUGGUGCCCAUCCACCUUGGUGUGCAUUGGUGCAUGGCUACUGUGGAUUUCAAGAAGAAAUUCAUCUCUUACUAUGACUCCAUGCUGGGCAACAAUGACAAAUGCCUUCAGCUCUUGUUGAACUACCUUGAAAAAGAGCACUUGGAUAAAAAGAAGGCACCAUACAGAACAAAAGGAUGGAAACUGGAGAAUAUGAAGGAUAUUCCGGAGCAGAUGAAUGGCUCAGACUGUGGAGUUUUUGCCUGUCAGUUUGCUGAGCACAAAUCCCGCCAAGCACAAAUGGCCUUUGAUCAGGAAGAUAUGCCAUACUUCAGGAGGAGGAUGGUGUAUGAGAUAAUCAAUUCAAUAUUGCUUGAAUGAAAGAAGCAGUAAUAAUAUAGGGCCGCUUUUCACAGUCAUCUGGUGCGCACUAUAACCAAAGGCCCUACCAUCCUGGUAACAGACAUUACCAUCGCCUCAAUCCGCUUUCACAGUUGUUUUCGUGGUAUCAGCGACUACCAACGUGGUGACGAUCAUGAAGAGAGAAAGACGCGUGAUUCGGCAGUGUUGGUAUGCUGGAGCGGCGGGACACGUCAACAUUACAUCAGCUAAGGGGAGGAUUAUGAAGGAUAAAUAUGAAAAAUAAACGUACAGAAAGUAAACAUGAAGAAUAAAUAUAAAGAAGAACUGUGAAGAAUAAAUAUGAUGAAAAAAUGUGUAGUGUCUUGCUAAUACACUGCUCAAAUCUUGUGUUAGCCUAAUAUUUCCUAGGCGGGAAAGGUGAAAUAAUGGUGACAAUUAUUUACGUUCAAUUCUUUAGCAGAUGUCAGCAAGACAGACUCUUCACCUAUAUUCAUUACAUUUGUUCAUUAUUCACACUUAUUUAGCAGACUUCCCAUUUAUUAUUUACAUAAUAGGGCUGAUUUCAUUAUAUGUAUGGCCUAUGCAUACAUAUGUCUAGAAUUAUACAAGAGUUCGACCAAUAAGGCAUAACAGGUGAAUAAUGGUGACAAGUAUUAAAGUCCUCCCUUCUCCUUUGUUGUGUAACAAUAAACCAUCAGUCAAUCAAACUGAAAUUCUCAGCAGGACGUCUACUGGUCAGCAGGUGAAGUGAGUUCAUGACAUUCAAAUUCUUUUAAAUUUUUUCUCAUAUUACCAUUGAAGCCGUGCAACGUGUUGCUGUAUUGUGUAAUAUUUUUUUACAUCUAUAUACAUUGAAAUUGUAUAAGGACUUGAGAGUAAGAAUUUGUUAUUGACUAAUUAAUUGUAUUGAUUAGCUCCAUUGGGGAGCCCCCCCAGCUACCAAAGCUCCAUUACCAGAGGUUCCAAUUUCUGGUACUGAUGCAAACAGCGCCACGAAAGACGACUGUGAAAGCAGAUUUCAUGUUGGUAACGGCAGUCGCCGCUCAUUGGUAACGAUCAGUACAAACGAAAGUGACUGUGAAAGUGGCCCAUAGACAUAACUUAUUUUGGACUUUCUUGUAAUCUUGAAGAAGAGAAUUGUUGGGCUGUGGUUCACAUUCACCAAGUUUUCAUGGUGUAUAGUGUCUUACAAAAUUAUUUUUGAACUGAUGCUUGGCCUCAAAUUGACUCAUUUUGGUUUACAUGUAUGUACUGCGCGACAUUACAUUGAUAUUUAUCCCUCAUGAAACCAAAGAUAACUGCUAUGACUUCAUACUCCCUCUAUCCUCUGACAGUCAUCAGUGAGCCUUCUUCCCUUACUGCCCAUUAACCCCUUCACUCCAGCGACUCCGACGUUGGUGUCCGAUGGCGUCACCGUAUGGAAAGGGUUAGUCCUCUUCUAAAGCUCUUAACCCCUUCACUCCGGCGACACCGACGUUGGCGUUCGCCGGCGUCGCCGUAUGGAAAGGGUUAGUCCUAUUCUAAAGCUCUUAAUCCUCUUCCAUUUCCUCUUAAUCCUCUUCUAAACCUCUUAAGAGGAAAUGAAAGAGGAUUAAGAGGAAUUUAGAGGAGGAUUGAGAGGUUUAGAAGAGGAUUAAUCCUCUUCCAUUUCCUCAUGACCCUUUCCAUACUGUGACGCCGACGUCUGCGUCAUGGAUGGAAAGGGUUAAGCCUCAGCACUCUUGGUGUGUUAUCAGAUGGACUUGAUAUUUCCAUCUUGCAGCCUUUCAUCCAGCAGUGUGCUGGUCAAUUGUUAAUUUUACUCAUAGCCUUUAUAUUAUGAAAGUUGUGACAGCAAAACCAUGAUAUAAUUAUAUAUUUAGUCAUG